AUGGCCAAAGCAUUUAUGAGAGAUGAGGAUCUCUGCCAACGAUACGCGCAGUUUGCAUCAGACUUAGACCGGUGGCAUUUCAAGAUUCUCUACUGGUUCAUGUUUGUGCUGAAUCUUGUGAUCCUGUUCAUCGCAUCUUGGACAUACACAAAAACCCAAGAAACGAACGAGGAAUUCAGUCACCAGCCACAGAGGCGGUCGAGGAGCUUGAUCAAAUACAUGCUCGUGUGUCUUGCCUGUGUUCUGGUUUCAGCUGCUGUAGUAAUUAUGGAAGCUUUUGCACUGUUGGCUCUGCAGUUCUGCGACGGAGAGAAUCUCAUUUCCCUUUAUUGGUCAACUUGGACCAUGAUCCAGGUUGGAUCACUGAUUGCGAUGAUGGGCAUCAUCCUUGCCAUGGCACAUUCAUUGCGAAACAGAAGACACCCGCCGUGGGCUCUGGCCUUGGGAACGCCCGUUCUCGUCAUUGCUGGCUUGUUGCAUCUUAUCCACGACUGCACAAAGAAGCGAGUCAAGAAGAUUAGAAAUGGUUCCAUCAUGAAGAGUAGCGUCCCUUCUAUGAGUGAAGUAAACACAAUCCAAGGGAAUCUUGAAGACGACCUCGAGAACUCAGUGUUGGGCGAGUUCAUUGGAUUCACAGUGGAAGGUGGUCCAAUAGUCCGCUUCAACGAUUCCAUUCCACUGAAUCUCAGCCAAAACUUCUCAUUUGAAGUUUUGGGAUAUUGCGAUGGCACUCGACCUGUGGUGGCAUAUCAAAAGGGCUCCAUUCAGAUCCUGCCCACUGCAGACAAAGACAACCAAGGCACCCAGAAAGACGCUCGAUCACCGCAAGAGGAGAAAUUCUCUGAUGGGACACAAGAGCCUCGGCCAGGGGCAGCUGGGGGUACAUGA